CAUUACAUUAUCUUUAUCUGUCUGUUAACUCAGCACUUAAAUUAGUGAUAUUUUUUUAAUACAUUAACGUGUUUUCUUCCCUAAUAAAUGUUUCGAGAUCUAUCCGUCACUCUCCAGAGGUUUGUUAACUCACUCAUCUCCAAGCAAAGAAGCUCACCGACGAUUCCAAUCCAAUCCCUCGAUCUGGAAAUAUCCUUAACUGACUGGUGUAGGUGAAAGUGUAAUCGGUAGCAAAUGGCAGUGGCCUUACGUGGAGGCCGUGACGGACUUCGGAGCUUCUUCACGUACCGGAUCUUCAUCUCCGCCUUGUUCUCAUUCCUCUUCCUCGCCACCUUCUCCGUCUUCCUCAACUCCUCUCACCACCACCACCCUCCUCAGGAUCACACAUUGACGAGUAGUGUAGGGAGGACGUUUCUGGCUUUACAAUCGGAUCCGUUGAAAACUAGGUUAGAUCUCAUACACAAGCAAGCCACUGAUCAUCUCACGCUCGUGAACGCCUACGCCGCUUACGCUAGGAAGCUCAAGCUCGACGCCUCGAAGCAGCUGAAGCUCUUUGAAGAUCUGGCGAUCAACUUCUCCGAUCUUCAGUCCAAACCUGGUUUGAAACCUGAAAACAACGGCAACGCUCUCGAGGAGGAUGCGUUCAGGGUGCUUGAGAAAGACGUGAAAGAUAAGGUGAAGACGGCGAGGAUGAUGAUCGUUGAGUCCAAAGAGAGUUACGACACGCAGCUCAAGAUCCAGAAGCUGAAGGAUACGAUCUUCGCUGUUCAGGAACAGUUGGCCAAGGCGAAGAAGAACGGCGCCGUUGCGAGCUUGAUCUCGGCUAAGUCGGUCCCCAAGAGUCUUAACUGUUUGGCUAUGAGGCUUGUUGGGGAGAGGAUCAAUAAUCCUGACAAGUAUAAGGACGCUCCGUUUGAUUCGGCUGUUGAGGAUCCGAGUCUUUAUCACUACGCGGUUUUCUCUGAUAAUGUGAUUGCUGUGUCUGUUGUGGUGAGAUCGGUUGUGAUGAACGCGGAGGAGCCGUGGAAGCAUGUUUUUCAUGUGGUGACUGAUCGGAUGAAUCUUGCAGCCAUGAAGGUGUGGUUUAAGAUGCGUCCUUUGGACCGUGGUGCUCAUAUUGAGAUUAAAUCUGUGGAGGAGUUCAAGUUCUUGAACUCUUCUUAUGCGCCGGUCUUGAAGCAGCUGGAGUCUGCCAAGUUGCACAAGUUCUACUUUGAGAACCAGGCGGAGAACGCGACUAACAUCAAGUUCAAGAACCCCAAGUAUCUCUCCAUGCUGAACCAUCUCAGGUUUUACUUGCCUGAGAUGUACCCGAAGCUGAACAAGAUCUUGUUCUUGGACGAUGAUGUUGUGGUGCAGAAAGACGUGACUGGUUUAUGGAAGAUUAACUUGGAUGGAAAGGUGAAUGGAGCUGUUGAGACGUGCUUUGGCUCUUUUCAUCGGUAUGGUCAGUACCUGAAUUUCACUCAUCCUCUGAUCAAAGAGAGGUUUAACCCCAGUGCUUGUGCUUGGGCCUUUGGGAUGAAUAUAUUUGAUCUCAACGCUUGGAGACGCGAGAAAUGCACCGAUCAAUACCAUUACUGGCAGAACUUGAAUGAAGACAGAAGUCUCUGGGAAUUGGGCACUCUGCCUCCGGGACUGAUGACAUUCUAUUCAAAGACGAAAUCACUGGACAAGUCCUGGCAUGUGCUUGGGUUAGGCUACAACCCGGGAGUGAGCAUGGAUGAGAUCAAGAAGGCAGCAGUGAUCCAUUACAAUGGGAACAUGAAACCAUGGCUAGACAUUGCUAUGAACCAAUACAAGUCUCUCUGGACUAAAUACGUGGAUAACGAAAUGGAGUUUGUGCAGAUGUGCAAUUUUGGUCUCUAGAGAGAGAUACAGAGAUGGACAGAAAAAACAAACCCGAAGAACUGAAAAAUAUUGAUAAGAGGUAACCUCGAAUCGAUAUGUUUCAGACAUUCAGAGCAUUCUUUAACUGAUACGUUUAUCUUCUAUAUAUAGGGGUUACAAAGUAUUUUACUUGUUCUUUCUGUUAUAGUUCUGUUCUUAUUUUUGUUAUUGUAACACUUCACACUUCACAGCAAAAGCUUCCUCCAAAACUAUUACGUCUCUCUUUGUUGUGUCUUUCAUAUUUUGUCUGCCUAAGAUUAAGAAAACUCAUGUUCCAUAGUUUUAAAAUGUUCCCUCAUAAUUAUUCACUUAUUAGGGGUAUUGACUUGUGUGUAUAAACUCAGAUUUGAAGGCUGAGUGAUUUGAAAGCAUUUGUUUGGUGGUGAA